AUGUCUGGUGCACAAAAGGGCAGUCCUUUGACUUUGGUGUUGAUGGUUGCUUCUGCAGCCAUUGGAGGAACUCUUCAGUAUGGCUUCAACCUGGCCAUCAUGAACGCCCCCACAACUUUUAUUCAAACCUUUGUCAAUGAGACAUUCCUGGAACGCUGGGACAUCCAGCUGGAGGACUACCAGGUGACUCUGUUCUGGACAAUCAUUGUCUCCAUCUUCUCGUUGGGGGGCUUUGCGGGGGCUCUUAUUGCAGGACCGAUGACCAUUCGCUUUGGGAGGAAGAAAUGUCUGCUAUUGAACAAUAUUUUCCUCAUGAGUGGCUCACUCUUGGCUCUGACAAGUAGAGCUGCGAGGUCUUUUGAGAUGAUCAUUAUCUCUCGUGUCCUAGUUGGAAUAAAUGCAGGGAUCAGCAUGAAUGUGCAGCCCAUGUAUUUUGGAGAAAGUGCACCAAAGCACUUAAGAGGGGCUAUCUCCUUGUCAUCAGCUGUUUUCACAGCAUUUGGAGUUGUGUUGGGACAGGUGGUUGGACUCAGAGAGAUUUUGGGCAGUGAGCCAUAUUGGCAGUACCUUCUUUCCAGUAAUGCCAUUCCUGGCUUCAUUCAGCUCCUUACACUGCCGUGGUUCCCAGAAAGCCCCAGAUACUUGCUCAUCGACAAGGGGGACAAGGAGGCCUGUGUAAACGCUCUGAGACGUCUGCGUGGCUGUGAGGUCCAGAGCAGCGAGCUUGAUGAGAUCCUGCAGGAACAAGCUGAAGCCAAAGGAAUGCGGCCCAGCCGACCGUGGGAGCUUUUUGCUGACCGCUCUGUGCGCUGGCAGCUCAUUUCUGUGAUUGUUAUAAGCAGUGCCAUGCAGCUCUGUGGCAAUGACUCGAUUUACUUCUAUGCUUCAUAUGUGUUUAAAGAGGCCGGAAUAUCAGAUGAAAAAAUUCAGUAUAUCACAAUCGGCACUGGUACAUGUGAAUUCGUAGCCUGUAUAAUGUGUAACCUGCUGAUAGAGCGCAAAGGUCGGAGAUUCAUGCUGAUGGGAGGGUUCAUUCUCAUGACCAUCUGGGCUGUCGUCUUCACAAUUGCUCUAUCCUUUGAGCAUUACAUAUCCUGGAUGCCGUACCUGAGCAUGGGCUGCAUCUUUACCUACAUCCUCAGCUUUGGCAUGGGACCAGCUGGAGUGACGGGAGUUCUGCCCACAGAGAUCUUCAACCAAACUGCUCGGCCAGCAGCCUACAUGAUCGCUGGCUCCAUGAUGUGGCUCAACCUGUUCAUCAUUGGAAUGAUCUUCCCAUUUCUAGUGAGUGAGUUGAGUGAGUACUGCUUCGUGCCUUUCGGAGCAGUCUGCCUGCUGUCUGCGCUGUACGUCGGCCUGUUUCUGCCUGAGACCAAGGGGAAGUCUCUGUCGGCCAUCACGAGUGAAUUCCACAAGCUCAAUUUCAAAGGCCAGGACAGAAAGUGUGCAUCACAAACUCAAGCUCAGUACCAGCUGGGUGAAGUGUGUCUUUCCACAGCCUUGUAG